GCCUUUGCCUCGCCACGCCGCCACACUCUCCGUCAGCCGUAUAUAUCUGGGAGCUUACCUUUUCCCACUCUCGAACUUUGUGAGUAUUUUGGGGGCAUUUAGAGAAGGAAAAUGUCUCAGUACUCAGGAAAGAUCGUGCUCUUUGAGGGGAAAUGUUUCACAGGGAGGAAGCUGGAGCUCCGCAGCGACUGUGACAACUUCCAGGACCGCGGCUUCCUGAACAGGGUCAACUCUGUCCGCGUGGAGAGCGGGGCCUUCGUCUGCUUCGACCACCCAGACUUCAAGGGCCAGCAGUACAUUCUGGAGCACGGCGAGUACCCUGAAUUCCAGCGAUGGAAUGCCCAUAAUGAUCACAUGGGCUCCUGCAGACCAGUCAGGAUGCAUGGAGAGCACUAUAGGCUGGAGCUGUUUGAGGGAGACAACUUUACCGGCCAGUGUGUGGAGCUGUGUGACGACUGUCCCUUCCUGAACGCUCGAGGCCUGACCAAGAACUGCCUCAACUCCAUCAAGGUUUACGGGGAUGGCGCCUGGGUCUUAUACGAGGAGCCAAACUACCGAGGCCGCAUGUACGUCGUGGAGAGAGGAAACUACUGCAGCCACAAGGAGUGGGAGGCGGAGAAUCCCACGGUCCAGUCCGUUCGCAGGGUGGCAAACUACUUUUGAAGCUACCUCCCAGUAAAACAUCCUCUCUUUGACUCUGUGGGGCCAUUAAAAAAUAAAACAUGCAGAAAAUGUUUGAUGCUGCUUGUUGUUUUAUUUCUGUACUGAGUUAUUCCAAGUUUGAAAUAAAGUAGUGAUCUUUCUCCUU